AAAAUAUUUGGUCAAAUACACAGAUCCUUAUUCUUACUUCUUUUUCUUCUCUGUGAUCAUGGAUUUCUCGACAUCACCAAAACCUUCUUCUUCUUUCUCCUAUGAAUUCACCUACGACGUCUUCCUCAGUUUCAGAGGCCUUGACACUCGUUACACUUUUACCGGAAAUCUCUACAAAGCUCUUUCAGAUACUGGAAUACGCACCUUCAUAGAUGAUAGAGAGCUUGAAGGAGGUGAUGAAAUCAAACCAUCACUUUCUAACGCCAUCGAAGACUCUAGAAUCGCUAUUCUUGUAUUCUCUAUCAACUACGCUUCUUCUUCCUUUUGUUUAGACGAACUCGUCCACAUCAUUCAUCACUUCACGCAAAACAAUCGUUUGGUUUUGCCCGUUUUCUACGGCGUCGAUCCUUCUCUCUUGCGUCAUCAAAUUGGAAGCUAUGGUGAAGCAAUAGCUAAACAUAGAGACAGGUUCCAAAAUGAUACUGUGAAUAUGGAGAGGUUGCAGAAAUGGAAGGUGGCUCUUAACCAAGCAUCCAACUGGUCCGGCUACAAUUUUCAUAUUGGGAAUGGAUAUGAAUACAAUUUAAUUGGGGAGAUAGUAAAAAAAGUCACCAACAAGAUUAAUCGUGUUCCUUUGCACGUUGCAAAUUAUCCGGUUGGACUCCAGUCUCGAUUACAAAAAGUGAAUUCACUUUUUGAUGUUAGAUUUGAUGAUAAAGUUCAAAUGUUAGGGAUAUAUGGAUUUGGAGGAUUGGGAAAAACAACACUUGCCCGAGCAAUUUACAAUUUCAUCGCCGAUCAAUUUGAAGUGUUAUGUUUUCUUCAUAACGUGAGAGAAAAUUCAGCUAAGCAUAGCUUGGAACAUCUUCAAGAGAUGAUCCUUUCCAAAAUGAAGGGACCGGAAAUUCGGCUUGGAGAUGUCAGCGAGGGGAUUCCAAUGUUAAGGCAAAGGCUACAUCGAAAGAAGGUUUUGUUGGUUCUCGAUGAUGUUGAUGAACUGAAGCAGUUGCAGGUUUUAGCUGGAGGACUUGAUUGGUUUGGUCUUGGGAGCGUAGUAAUUGUUACCACUCGAGACAAGCAUUUGCUAGCAAGUCAUGGGAUUGAAAGAACAUAUGAAGUAGAUAAGUUAAACCAAGUAGAAGCUCAGGAAUUGUUGAGGUGGAACUCGUUUAAAAGUAACACAUUUGAUUCAAGUUUUGAAGGCGUUUUAAAACGCGCAGUAACUUAUGCUUCUGGACUUCCAUUGGCUUUAGAAGUAGUCGGUUCCAAUUUGUUUGGAAAGAAUAUAGGACAAUGGAAAUCUACAUUGGAUUGGUACGAAAGGAUUCCUGACAAAAAAAUCCAAGAGAUACUUAAAGUAAGUUUUGAUGCUUUAGAGGAAUAUGAGCAAAGUGUUUUCCUUGACAUCGCUUGUUGCUUCAGAGGGUAUGAGUUCUUAGAGGUUGAAAAUAUACUCGAUGCUCAUUAUGGUGACUGCAUGAAGCAUAAAAUUGAAGUGUUGGUUGACAGAUCUCUCAUAAAGAUUAAUCAGGAAGGUAAACAUGAUACUGUGACAUUACAUGACUUGAUCGAGGACAUGGGUAAAGAAAUUGUUCGUCAAGAAUCAUCCAAAGAGCUUGGUAAACGCAGUAGAUUGUGGUUCCAUAAAGAUAUAGUUCAUGUUUUAGAAGAAAAUUUGGGAACAGAUAAAAUUGAAAUCAUAUAUCUGGAUUGCCCCUCGGUUGAAGUAGUGGUUGAUUGGAAGGGAAAGAGCUUCAAGAAAAUGAAAAAUCUCAAAACACUUAUUAUUAAACAAGGUCAUUUUUCUAAAUGUCCUACAAGUUUUCCAAAUAGUUUGAGAGUAUUGGAAUGGCAGAGAUAUCCUUCACGGUAUAUACCAUCUAACUUUUGUCCCAAGAAACUGGCCAUAUGUAAGUUACCCAAUAAUUGCUUUACCUCAUUGGAAUUGGCUAGCUUUUUGAACCAGGCAAGUGAAACAAAUAUAUUUUUCUAUUCUAUAUAUAUUUAUAAAUCCAUUUUAAGAUUAUUCAUUUUAAUUUUAUUUAUGCAGAAGUUAACAAAUCUCAAAGUUUUGGACUUCAAAGAUUCUGAAUAUUUAACGCAUAUACCUGAUGUAUCGGGUUUAUCAAACUUAGAAGAAUUUUCGAUGAAUAAUUGUAAGAAUUUACUUAAGAUCCACAAUUCUGUUGGGCACUUGAAUAAACUCAAAGACUUGAAUGCUAAGGGUUGCAGCAAGCUCCAGAGUUUUCCACCCUUGAAGUUGACCUCUCUUAAAAAAUUGCAACUUUCAGGUUGUGAGAGUCUUAAGAGUUUUCCAGAAAUAUUGGGAGAGAUGCAAUAUAUAACCGCCAUUGAAUUGCAUGAAACUUCCAUAGAAGAAUUUCCACUUUCAUUUCAAAAUCUCACUGGCCUUUGCCUUUUAAAAGUAGUUGGAAAUGGAAUGCGUAGGUUAUCGAGUAACAGUCUUAUGAUGUCAAAUUUGUGGAGUGUUCAUAUUGAGAAUUGUCAUCUAUUAUUUCCAAAAGAAAAUGAUAAAUUCAGUUCUGAGAUGUUUCCACAAGUGGGAUCUCUAGAGCUCUUUAACUCCAACCUGUCAGAUGAAUUUCUUCCAAAAUUUCUUACUUUAUUUGCUAAUGUGACAAUAUUAGACCUAUCGGCGAAUCAUUUCACAAUUCUUCCUGAAUGCCUCAAAGAAUGUGACUUUUUAUAUAAGCUUUGUUUAGAUGAUUGCAAGAAUCUUCAGGAAAUUAGAGGAAUCCCGCCGAGUUUAAAAUAUUUCUCUGCAAAAUCUUGCGUUUCUUUGACAUCAUCGUCUAGAAGCAUGCUACUGAAUCAGGAAUUGCAUGAGGCUAGAGGCACCCACUUCUAUUUUUCUGCUGGAACUGAGGGAAUUCCAGAGUGGUUUGAGCACCAGAGUAAUGGACCUUCAAUUUCGUUUUGGUCUCGUAACUACCUCCCUUCUAUUGCUCUUUUACUUGUUACUAAGUUGAAGCAUGGAGUUGACACAUCCGAUUGCUUAGUAAAUAUCAAUCUGUUCAUCAAUGGCUAUGGAUAUUAUGUUGACUCUCGCGAAGUUCAUGAAUGGCAAGAGAUUAAACCGGGCCAUGCAUAUCUAUUUGAUCUGCACCUGCAUAGCCGGGUUCUCAACUUUAACAUGGAACAUAGAAAUGAGAAACUCUGGAAUGUGAAAUUCAAACUAGAGGAAGCACUUUCAAAAAAUGAGUGGAUCCAUGUAGAGGUCACAUACACCCAUCAGAUGAAGGAUGCAUUACUUAUUGAAAGUGGAAUCCACAUAUUCAAAGAGGAAAAUAGCAUGGAGAAUAUUCGAUUUAGCAAUCCUUAUAAAAAGAGUAGAUUUGUGGAUGCAGAGACUGAUAUGGAGUUGGAAAUUUAGACACAAAUUUGUAUUCAUGUAUUGGCAACUUAUGCAUAUACUUAGUUAAUAGAUGCCUUAGAACUUGACAUAAGUUUGUCUUCAUAAUGAGUGUAUAUUGAUGUACUUUAAUGGAUGUAAUCAUAAUGAGUGUUAAUAUGUCUUUAACUUAGUAAUUGUCAUGAAUUUGAACUUGACAAAGUUUGUUUUAACAUUCUGCCUUUUCCACUGCUGCACAAUUUUCUCAGUUUUUCACUUUCAGCCUUUGAACUCAGCCUUUGGAAAAUCUCAAUAAAUAGGAUACACACCGUUGAUAUAAAUUAGUUUUAUACUAAAAUAUAGACUUGCCUUGGGACGCAAGAAUCAUACAACAAAUGUAUAAAUAAACCUAG